UUUAUCGUCAAUUUCACAUGUGUGGAAACAAAAUUUAAAAUGUAAACCUUACCAAAAAAAAUUAUGAAUGAAAUGUGGCGAGCACGACGGUUUUGCUAUUGUACAAGCUUGCAAAUCGGCUGCACAAUCAUUGCGUUUUUUACGCUUUGUCUGUGUGCCGCACAUCUCGUGGAAUUCUUCAGAAUGAGGUAUAUCACAGAUGAUGAUGAUGAUGCGUUCUCAGACUGGGCAAAUCUUCUUUGGGGAGCAUUGCAUUUGGUCGCAGCUAUGUGUUUAUCCUAUUCUGUAUUAGUGCAAAGAGGCUGUACCCCAAUUUUGGUCUACAUAGUAACUGAAACAUUGUAUUUAAUUUACGUGAUUAUUUAUGCCUCAGUAUCAUGUGCACAAGGUAUAAAUAUCUAUGCAAAUCAUAGUCUCCCCUACUGCAUUUCCUACUGGGUUUUUGUUUUCCUAACCUGCGUGAUUACAAUCUAUUUCCUUUAUAUAAUAACUUCUUAUUAUUUCUUAAGAAGGGAACAACGCAAAACUGAAAAUACACAAGUGUAACUAAAUUUAAACAGUACAAUUAAUAAAUUGAAUUUUUUUUUUGUUUUA